CGUGGAUAAAUAUUUUUUCUUCAAGCCACGUCAUUGCAAAUCGAACGUGUUUUGUGCUUGGAUAUUACAUUGGAUAUUAUUUUUGAUUAUCAUCUUGGACAUAAAUACACGAACACACGUAAGUUUCCUUUACUGAUAUAGUAUAUGAGUGAUCGAACGAUUAUACUACACACACCAACCGAGUGGAGGAUUAUACGUUAUACAGCUAGAUUUGUACAGCACUUGCCCCAAUCUUACACAGCGACAUCUUUUCUGCCUGCAGUAAACAUAAUAAAACAAUGCAAUCAUUAAUGAUCAUCCAUCAAUGAUUGUCUACUAAAAUGCCACCCCCCACACCUAGCUGUUAUAUCGACCCAGCUUUGGAAAUUGAUUCCGACGGCGAUGAUUCUGAUGACUUUAUAUCAGGUGGUGCUGAGAGUUGUGAUGAGACUCAGCUUCCCCAUGCAACACAAACUGAAUCGGAUAUUAUAAGUGAAAUAAGGAACCUAUGCGGCUCUGCAACUCGACAUGAGUUCGUCAAACGUAUAAACGAUACACUCGAUAUUCACUCUUUAGUAAGCACUCGCGAGGCACUAUAUGACUACGCACGAAUCAACAGGAGAAAUGCGAUGCCACCAGGCGCCUUACUGCGUCGCCUUCCAAGUAGGAAAAACAAAGCCGUCAGUUCUGGCGUUAAGGAAAAGGUGUCAAAUGAUAUAUACAUCUUGUUUCAAUUUAUUGAAGGCGCUGCAAAUAUUUCUGAGUUAAAAAGCAUUCUGAACUCUUCAUCAAAAAAUCGGAAAUCGACGGCCUACAAAACUACUUCAGACGACAAUACAAGCGUAAUUCAACCGUUGGCACCUGAUCAGUUGGCUUCACUUCUUACAAAUGUUGUUGAUUUUAAAUCAUUCAUGUCCGAUGAGCUCAGCGGUAUAAAAUCUGAUAUGACCAAAUUAGCCAAAUCAAAUGAUUCGAAACUAAACUUAAUCAAGUCUGAAGUAACUAAAAUCAGCAAAUCUAAAGAGAGUGAACUUAAAAAGAAAAUUGAUAUCAUGACAAAUGAACUAAAUCGCAGCAGAGACUGUGAAGCAAUACUCAAAUCAGAUCUGUUGCUAGCCAAACAGACUAUAAAUGAACAAAAAACAGAAAUUGACAAUCUAAAAAAAGAUUUGAAAAGUGUCAACACUAAAGUUUAUAAAAGCAUGCAAACCAUACAAAAUAAAAUUCAUGAGCUUGAAAAAACAAAUCGACAAGUUAAUCCUGACGUCAUCAAACCUGACGUCAUAAAACCUGUCGAAGCGAUGUCCGACGUCGUCCCUGCUACAACCUCCUAUUCUUCAGUUUGGGAACCCAGCUCACCACCUUCGAGUAUUAUGGCUUCCAACCAUCUGCCAAGCCCAACUACCGAUAGGCUUACAACAUACAGUGCUUCAUCUGAAGCCAAAACUUCCACAAAUGUACCCUCGUCUAUUACCUCAUCUCAAAAUGCUGCACCCUUGUAUACUUCAACACAGCAACGGCCACGUUCUACCUCAGCUGUCGCCUCAAUCAUCGCUUCAGUUGCUUCCGAGUCAACUGGUUCCUCUUCUUCUAGAUUAACAAGAUCGGCUCCACAAAUCAAGUCACAGUCACACAAGCCAUGGCCUACUGUUCAAGCUGCUGCUCACGCUCAGAAACAGUCUUGCGCAACAGAUGAUGCCUCUCCAUCAACUAGUACAUAUACACGUAAUCGGAGUUAUAUGAAAGCUUCACGUCCAGGACCCAUUCCAACUGUUAUUGGUGUCCACAAAGAAGUCAGUGCUUCGAUAGAAGAAUGUGACGAAGGAUUCACUGGCGUAAAUGUACGGAGGCAACGUACGAAAAAAAUUCUUCUUUCACAUGUAAAGUCAGUCCCUUAUAAUGCUCUUCGUACACACAUCGUCAAAUAUGCAGCUCGUCGUCAUGUCACUGUCACUGGAUUCAAGGUGAUUUCUCGCAGAUCCUCCGUGAAAGGAGAAUGGUUGAUGGUCAGAAUCAAUGUACUGGCUAGUCAUUAUAAUAAUGCCACUGACAACUCUUUCUGGCCUAGCAAUAUCACUUGUAGACCUUGGCUGUCAUCAACUGAUCAUGCCAAAACUGUGGCUAACAAUGCAUCAACAAAUUGUGACUCUCAUGAUUCUGUCCAUAGUGAUGAUUCUUCGAGCUACCCAUAUCUUGAUAAUUAUAACAACGAAUCUUCACGGGAAAACGAAGCAGCAUGGGGUGAUGACGAGUAUCAUGAUCAAGUAUACUCCGGUUCACUUAUGCAUGCCAGUUCAUUACCUAUAUCAAUCGUAUGAAACCGUAUCUUAUGCGACUUAUCAUCUGGUUUAUAUCCUUGGCAUUUAUGUCAAAUCUGCUGAAAAUCACAACUUGGAAUUGUAAAGGUGCUAUGUUCGGUAGUCCUUAUCUUACAACUCUCUUAAACUCGUGUGAUGUUCUAGCUCUCACAGAGCAUUGGCUAUUUCCACAUAACUUACAUUUUCUUGGCUCUCUUGACAAUAGAUAUACCUUUCAUGGCACCUGUGACAAAGGCUUAGUGAACAACGUUGGUUAUUGCCAUCGUGGUUACGGCGGUGUUGCCUUGGUUUACCGUAGAGAUCUCUCUGUUUUAAGUAAGCUAACAUAUAACGACAGAGUAAGUGGCAUAGAAUUGAAACAUACUGAG